AUGGCCUCUUUGCAGCGCCAAUUCACUUCCGCGUCUCCCGUGCUGGCCCUCGCCCAGCCAUCGCUCUCGAACCAAAUUACCGGAUCGAUUUUCGCGCCGCCUCAUAUUCAGACGCAGAUUCAAUCGCAGCCUUUCAAUCGAUUCACCGGCUCGAAAGGCAGAAAACGAUCCCGUGACGAGGCUGGCGGCAAUCUCGAGCCUGAUGUGCCCCCCCAGCUUAUAGUUGAGCCGCAAGACGAUUGGGUUUAUGGCGAAGGAAUGACACUGAUCAAGCCCAACUCUGGCUAUGUCGCCGAUGCCAGCACCCAAUCAGGCACCUGGAUGGAAGAAAGAAACGCCGCGGCAGAAGCAGGUGCUAAGCGCCAGCUCGAAGCUACCCAAGUUGACAUUCGAAAUCACAAAUUGCAGCGCAUCGGAAGCGACGAAGUAUCGACCGCGACUAGUCCUGGAAACGUAUUACCCGCGGUGCCUGCUCCGGAAUCUAAUGGCCCAGUCAUUGAUAACUUUACUCUCCACCUCGGUAUCGGUUGGCGCAAGAUCAGUGAAGAUGAGCACAUUCAAGCGGCGGCCCGAGGCUGGGCUAAAUUUAUCGAGAACCACUACCCCCUCAGCAACGUACAAAUCUGCCUGGAAAGCAAAGGGCUCCAGUCAUACCUCGUGAAAGCUACCGAGGGCUUCUUUCUCUGUUCAGAGAAUCUUCGACAAGCACGACUAGUCAGCCGUGGUGCCGAAUCCGCUCUCCGCAAUUUGCAACAAUCUCCACCAGUAUUUGAAGGCGCCGAAACUAUCUCAAGCGCGGACAUUUUUUCCGCUCUUACCCCGAAUGGCAACGACAUGCACAUGCACAUGAGUUAA